AUGGCUUUUCGUGGAUUUUCAGACCCGAGCAACGGGGAUAACCUCUUGUCUUCGGCCAAACAAGAGGACGAGGAUUUGGCCGUGUAUAACUGGGAUGAUGAAGGCGGCUACGGAUAUGAUAUCGGGACACUAGAAGAAGAAGGAGAUGAUAUGAAUGAUGAAACGUUUGGAGGCGGGAAUGUUGGCACGGACUUCCAGUUCGCAAGAACGACGGGAACGUUUGCGCCGGCAUCUCGCGCUCCACCUAAACAAGAGCACAAGCCUGCCCCGAUUUCUUCCCACUUAUCGAGUGCCAGAGUGAUGCCCAAUACCUCCAACAGACCGGCUCCGUCCAUCCACAAAGGGGAAAACACUCUGGAGGCACUAUGGAAAGACAAUUCAGUUUCGUCUGUACUUGGUGGAAUUGUUCCUUCGGGAGGUUCACUGAUGGGAGCGCGUCAUACCCCUCCCACUCAUACGCCGACACCACCGCGACCUACUAAUAUCCCUCCGCCAAGGGCUUCCCAGCCCCGGAUUAUGACUUUGCAAGAGAUCGAGGCUGAGAUGGAAGCUCAAUCUCGUGGUGGAAUUGCUGCCACCCACAGUAUGCCACAGUUCCCGGGUGGCGAAACUUACGCUCCGCCGCCGCGCGCGCCUGUACAGGUGUUGCCCCAAAUACCCAUCCAGUCUGUACCCCAUCCCAGCGAUGGGCACUUUCUACCACAACAGGGAUACGGUUUACAUAUGCCGCGCAAUAGUAUGGAGGGUCUGGUUCCCCAGGAGAUACGCCCUGCCUCGGGAGGACGGCAAGGAUUUCCAGUCGAUGGACAUUUACCACCCGAGCUGCGCCCUGCGGGCGGUACAUCGCCUUAUCACCCGCUGCCAGAGAACACCUUCACUCUGCCGUCCAUGAGGCCAGACAUGGAACUACCGCCCGAAAUCAGACAUGCCGGUGGACGCGUGUUGAUGGAUGUCCCCAUUCUCCCUCCUCACAUGCGAGCAGCGCCCAUGCAGGGCCCUCCUGCGGCAAGGGACCCGUUCUACCCGCCUCAGAAUCAGAUAUUCUCCUUGGACGAGAUCGAGCGCCAGAUGCAAUCUACCCGACUCGGUGGACCUAUGCCUCAACAGCCAAUGCCACAGGGUCCCCUGCACAAUAUCCCGGAUAUGGGACCCAUGCUUGUCCAACAACCUCCGCAUGUUGCUCCCUUCGAGGACUUACACCAACAGGUUAUCCCACAACAGCAGCAGCGACCGGAAAGCGGUCUGUUCAAAGGCGAUAUUGCUGAUCUUCUCGACUUCCCGCCCCUUGGGGGCCAGCCACUUGCAGGCCAUCCUAUGAUCGGAGAACAUCCACCGAAUACCCGUACGCCGGAGCAGAUCAUCGAGCUCUCGGUUGAGAAACGUGCCGCACUCAUGCGCGAUGCACAGGAGAAAAUCAAAGCCACGGAACGGCUCGAAGCGAAACGGCGCCGGAAGGCAGAGAAGCUGGCGCACAUGUCCCGCAGGAACGAACUCAUGUCACAAGGCGACAAGGACUUCAUCACUCGCAUUCAAGUUUCCCAACUUGUCACUGAAGACCCAUAUGCGGACGAUUUCUAUGCUCAGGUCUUUGGUGCCAUCGUUCGCUCUAGGAUGGGGCAGUCUGGUGGCGGAGAGGCCGUCAUCAAGUUUGGCGACGUCGGCGUUGGGAUGGGCAUCGGACGCGGUGCCGGCAGGAGAGAGAAAGCUAUGGAAAGGAUGAGGCAGCAAGUCGAGAAACUCGUGCAGCAUGCUAAGAACAGGGAGAAAGAGAAGGACACUGAUCAAGAAAAGCAUAUUCGUGCACUGGGCAAAUUGACCAGUCGUACUUCUAAGGUCGCACCUAGACCACUGUUGCAGGUCCGGGACAUAAUGGGAUCACCGCCUAUCACGCCUCCCAGCGAUAGAAACAGAGGCACCGACCGUAAAUCUGCCAUGUCGCACCGUGACAUUCUUCUGCGCAUCGAGAAGCUAUACGACAUCGUCUUACAACUUGAGCAGAAGCGGAGGGAAGAGCCGCACGGUGAAGAACAGGAACCACAGAAGCAAGAGUGGGAAAUGGAAUACGCGGCGUUGGUCAAACAUGUCUGGACAGAGCUACAUGUGAUGGAUCCGCUCGACAUUAGUGAUCCUCACCCCGUUAUUGCUCUUCUCGGGCCUGCGAAGGGCAAGAAGCUUCUGCCUCGCAUCCUUCGUCACUUAUCUCAGAAGGAGUCAUUGACUGUCGUGACACUCCUCAUCGCGUGCUUCAGCCAGAUCGAUGUUGUCCGCAAAGCGUACAUUCUGGACAAGCCGGAUAGCCCAGAAAAACUCGAGAUGGAGAAGCAGACAGAAUUGUUCCUAUCGACCAUAUUGCCUGCGUUGAUCUCUGCCCUGAGAAGAGCUGGUCUUCGGCUAGUCAGCGGUUUACUUGGACACUUAAUCACGAGAUGUAAUGUGGCAGAGGUCGCCCGCACAAGACCUGGUCUUGAAUUGUUGACCAUGUUCCUCGCUCAAGCGGAAGGCUUGAAACAUGCGUCCGAACCAGAUGCGCCGUCUGCUGAAGAACUCGAACAGUGGCAGAAGACAUGUACUUCUCUUUUCAGCGCGCUGUCGGGCACCCUCCUUGCGCUCUUCCCUUCUGCUCGCAGGCAUGCCCACCUCCCUUUCGGUACUGCCCAAUAUAUCCGACAAACCGCAGCCGACGAUGUUGCUGAUCAGCCCACUUGGCAAUUCCUCGCGGCAUUGGCUAUCAGUGCCGACAUGGCUGAGCAGCAGCAUCUCGUUGGGGAGCUGCGUGAUAAGGUUUUGGAGAACGUAAUGAGCCAGCGCACAGGCCUUGCGACCACAGAGGAAGAAGCCCGCAUGAAGAUCGACAAUGUAAAUCUGUUCCUGAAUGCGCUUGGUAUCGAUGCAUCACAAAUACAGAUGUGAAUGAUACAUAACUACGGAGUGUUGUAGCAAUUGC